UCUUCAUUCAAAAAUAUUUCUCUGUGCCUAUACAUACAAUUUCAAUUAAUCUGCAAAUAGAAGCAAAGUUUGUUGAACUUGAAUUAUCGUUUGAGUGGAAAAAUGGCUUACUUGAGAAUUGUUGCUGUUAUGAUGGUGGCCUUGAUGGCUGGAUCUGCCUUUGCUCAGGCACCAGGAGCCGCACCAGCUGCUUCACCGAAGAGAUCUCCAUCUCCGGUCGCGUCUCCACCGCAGGCAGUGCCGGCACCACGUUCUUCUCCAGCGUCCUCUCCGGCUCAGACUCCAUCUGCCGCCGCUCCCUCUGAGUCACCACUCUCUUCUCCACCGGCUCCUCCGACCAGCACUCCUGCCGCCUCCACCAUCGCUAAUCCUCUAUCCAUCGCACAGGCUCCCGGAGGCGAUGCUCCUUCCUCCCCUCCCAACGCCGCCGCUUUGAACAGAGUCACUCUCGUCGAAUCUGCUGGUUUGGCGUUCGUCACUGCCGCUUUGCUGUUCUAAAUUCUCUGAUCUACCUGAGAUUCUUUUCAAAUACACUGGAGUUGAUGAUUUAGGGCUCUAUAUUUAUAUUUCAUUGAAUUUUUUGUAGUCAUUGAUUUUGACGGUGUUGAUCAUAGCGAUUGAGGAGAUUAGAUGCUUUAA